AUGGAAAAGCUUGAGGAAGAUUCAGGAAACUCGCUUACUAUGAACGAAAUCGCGGAGAUGAUCGAUGAGCUUGUGAGUAAGGUUGUUAGUUUGGAAACAGAAGUUAGUUCUCAGAAUGGGUUGGUGAAGAGAUUGAGAUCAGAAGCAGAUGAACUUCAAACAAAUAUACAAAGCUUAGAAGAGGAUAAGGAAAUUCUUAUUGAAGAUUCGGAAAAUGCUAACAAGAGGAUGAAAGAAUUGGAGGAGGAGUUGAAUAGAGUGAGAAUUCUGAACCAAAGUGUUGAAAGCCGAGAUAACAAUCUCCAAACAAACUUUCACGAAGCUAGUUUUAAUCUUGACAAUCUUUCAGGAAGGUUGAAAAAUGUGAAGCUAGACGAGGAAGUAGGGAAUUUAGUACUUAACGAGAAAACAAGUUUUAAUAAUGAUGAGCUUAGAGAGGAUUUAGAAAAACAUGUAGAUGAUGAAUUGUCUAAUGAUAAUGUAGCAAUCAUGAAUGACGUCAUGACAGCAAAUGAGGAGAAGGAAGAACAUGCUGCAAAUAUCGGCGAAGUGGAAAACGAAGAUGAUAAGUCUAGUUUUAAGGAAAAUAUAGAUUUUGGGAUCGAAGAGAUACCGGAGCUAACGCAGCAGGAUAAAGAUGAUUUGUCUGAGACUACAAGUAAUGUUGAUGUCGAAUCGCUUGAUCUGGAAACUGGGGAAGAAAAAGAUGAAACUAACUUGAAAAAGAUGUUAGUAAAUGCAUCAGAUGACAGAGAAAAGAUUAUGUUGGAAGAGUACACAUCAGUUUUAAAAAACUACAAUGAUGUAUCAGACAAGCUCAAUGAUGUGGAGAAUAAAAAUAGGAACAGCAUUUUUGAAUUGGCACUUCAGGUGAGGGAGUUGAAGAAUGUAGUUGCCAAUAAGGAUGAAGAGAUAAACAUCUUACAAAAGAAGUUGACCUGUUCAGAAACAAAUCCAGAUGAAAGUCCUCACACCACUCUCACACAAGAAUCGCAUAUCGAAAACGCGGCCGAAGGAGCUAACUUGCAGGGUCCUGAAAUCCAAUCUUCAGAUACAGUUAGCACUUCUUUUGAAAAUCAACACCAACAUGUUGAAAACACAGUAAACAUUGACAUGUCAAUUAUAAAUACAAGAUUAGUUGUGGUGAAAGAAAACCAAAUUGAAAAGAACAAUUCCCUUUCACCUUUAGAAAAGAAAUUUCGAUCCGAAAUUGAUGAUUUGCUCGAAGAGAAUUUAGAGUUCUGGUUGAGGUUCAGCACUUCAGUUCACCAGAUACAACAGUUCCAAAAAUCAAUACAGGACUUACAAUCAGAACUAAGGAAAAUAAAGCUUAACAACAAUUUAUCAGAAAAGAACUCAAAUGCUAUAAAAUCAGAAAUAAAGCCGAUAUUUAGACACUUAAGAGAGAUAAGAACCGAGUUAUCAUUGUGGCUAGAACACAAUGAAGUGUUGCAGGAUGAAUUACAAGCAAGACAUCCAUCAUUGUGCAGCAUACAGGAUGAAAUAGCAAGAGCAGCAAAUCCAGAAUCGGUAUGGAAAAAAGUUGAAUUUAGUGAUUAUCAGGCUGCAAAGUUUCAAGGUGAAGUUAUAAAUAUGAAACAAGAGAGCAAUAAGGUUUCUAGUGAAUUGCAAGAAGGUUUGAGUUAUGUGAAUGAACUUAAAAUUAAAGUUGAGAAGAUGCUUGAUGAAUUGAAUCAUGCAAUGGGAGUUAACAAUAGCCAUGAUCACAUGAAACACUCUACAAGUCGUGCUAGAAUACCAUUGAAGUCUUUCUUAUUUGGAAUUAAGUUGAAGAAGCAAAGACAGUCAAUGUUUGCUUGUGUCAAUCCAACACUGCAGAGACAAUUUAGUGAUCUAGAAGGAGCUAACGAUGCUCCAAUAUAG